UCUUCUCUCUUUCUCUUCUCUUCUCUCUAUCUCUUACCAACUAAGUCAUUAACUCUAUGCACUUCAAUCAUACACAACAAGUAUUAGCUAGCACAAGAGCUAGGGAAGGUGUGAAAGAAGAAAUCAUGACAUGGCGCAAUGACUCAAAUGAACAAGAUAGGGGCAUUGAAGUAAUCACAUCCCCCAUUAUUCCUAGAACAAGCAAUGAAACUACUAUUGUUACUCAUGAUGAAACAAAACAACCUCAACAAGUUCAAACCAUAACUUGUCCCUCAUGUGGCCAUAACAUUGAAGUCCAAGAUCAGGGUGGAAUUAAUGAAUUGCCUGGGUUACCAGCUGGAGUGAAAUUUGAUCCAAAUGAUCAAGAGAUACUACAACACUUGGAAGCAAAAGUUUUGUUUGAUGUGACAAAACUUCAUCCUCUCAUUGAUGAGUUCAUACCAACGCUUGAAGGAGUGAAUGGAAUCUGUUGUACACAUCCAGAAAAGCUACCAGGUGUAAGAAAAGAUGGACAGGUGAGGCACUUCUUUCAUAGGCCAUCUAAAGCAUACACAACAGGAACAAGAAAAAGAAGAAAGGUUGAUACUGAUAAAGAUGGAAGUGAGACAAGAUGGCACAAAACUGGUAAAACAAGACCAGUUUUCAUUGGUGGUGUUAUGAAAGGUUUCAAAAAGAUUCUAGUUCUCUACACUAACUAUGGAAGACAAAAGAAACCUGAAAAAACCAAUUGGGUGAUGCAUCAAUACCAUCUUGGUACUAAUGAAGAAGAGAAAGAUGGUGAAUUAGUUGUUUCAAAAGUUUUCUUCCAAACACAACCUAGACAAUGUGGUGGUGGUAAUAAUAAUUCAAUUAUUAUAAAUGAAACUUAUGAUGAAAAUGGACUUAUGAGUAAUCAAGGAAAUGUUCAAGAUGAUAAUGAAGUUCCUCCUCCUCCUCCUCCUAUGGAUUACUACAAUGCUUCUCAUUUCAUAAAUUAUGAACAUGUUGUUGGUCAUAAUUUGGAAGGUUCAUCAGUGUCUCAAUUUAUUCCAAAUAUGGUUAUACAAGGUGCUGAUAAUUCUUCCUUUAUUGGAUUAGCAAUGGAUGCAAACAAAGCAAGGUUGGAGAGAAAUUAAGCUAUGUGUGAUGAAAAAUUUAUUGGUGGUGGAGGAUUAAUGUAUAGUGCAUGCAUGGUAGCUAGCAAUAUGGCUACCUAGAUGGUGAUGGUUAUUUAUUUAUUUAUUUAUUUAUUUAUUAUUGCUAUUGUUGUUAUUAUUAUUAUUAUUAUUAUUGUAUUAUAUAUAUAUGGAUUAUAUGUAAUAAUAGAGAAAUUUGAGGGUGUAGAAAUAAGGUUAUCUUCCAUAUCGGGAUAUAUAUGGAGGGUACCACCCUAAUUGAACCUGUUGAAAUUUGAGGAUGUAGAAAAUAUAAGGUUAUUAAUUCUUCA